AAACAGGAAACACCUAAGAAACCAGAAGUAUCUAACAAAACGGAGCUACCUGGAAUCACAGAAGUGCCAAAGAAACCGGAAUUACGCGCAAAAGCACAAUUAGCCGUGAAACCGGAAUCAUCUGGAAAAUCAGAAGUACCUAAGAAAGCAGAAGUACCUAAGAAAUCGGAAGCACCUGCGAAAAUAAAACUACCCUGGAAACUAAAAUUAUCGGGCAAACCAUAA